AUGGCGGAUACCACGCCGCCCGCGGGCCCCACGCAGUCCACCCGGCCCGCUGGCAGCACCCGCAAAACGCUGCGCGCCGGCCGCCCUCGCACCCGCACGCCGCCUCGGGCCACGUGCCCAGCGCCCAGCGCCCAGCGGGCCGGCACGCCGUCCCCCACUGCCAGCGCCCGGCGGGCCUGGCCAGGAGGGCCCCGGAGCGGCGCAAAAGGUCGGGCGGCUGCGUUGGCCGGGAAUCGAACCCGGGUCAACUGCUUGGAAGGCAGCUAUGCUCACCACUAUACCACCAACGCUGCACGGCCCGGGCCGGCCCGACGCGGCCGGCCCAGGGUGCGCUCCGCGCCUUCUCGCCUUGGCGCUCUCUCGCCGCCGCCGCCGCCGCCGCGCCUCCGCCGCCCGGCGCAGCCCUGCCCCGACGUCCCGCCCGGCCGCAGCUCUGCCCGGCCACCACGGACUGCGGCCGCCCGGCGCCCCAGCCUCGCCCCUCCGACUCAGCUGCGCCGGCCGGUCGCCAGGCACGCCGCCCCGCGCCCGGCGCCCCGCGCCCGGCGCCCGCGCCCGGCGCCCCGCGCCCGGCGCCCCGCGCCCGCGCCCCGCGCCCGGCGCCCCGCGCCCGGCGCCCCCGCCCGGCGCCCCGCGCCCGGCGCCCCGCGCCCGGCGCCCCGCGCCGGCGCCCCGGCCGCCCACCGCCGCCCGCCUCUGGAGGGCGCUCUGGCCGCCUGGCCGCUCUCGGGCCCUCGGAGGCCGGCUGGGGAGCCCCGCCACGUCCCCGGCCCGGCGUCUUCCGCGUCCUCCGCGGCCCGCAACGGGACCGGACCCAGCUGCCUCCCACCCGAGAGACACCCACGGCGGCUGCGCGGCUGGGCGGCUGGGCGGCACGUCGCCGAGGAGCUCGCCGUGGCUGCCGCGGGGACCACACGAGGCCCCGGCUGCGCGGUGGCGACCCAGCGUCCGGCCUCGAGCCACGCAAAGGGCUGGGGCCGGUGGGCGGUGGGCAGGCCGGGCACGCGCCGCCGGACGGCCGAGAAGAAGCGCCCCUGCCCCUCGGGAGCAAGAGGUGGCACCCAGAGCUGCGCAGGCCACCAAAAAGGGCGUCUUGCCUCCCCGUCGGGGAAUCGAACCCCGGUCUCCCGCGUGACAGGCGGGGAUACUCACCACUAUACUAACGAGGACGGCGGCGGCCGGCCACCCGGGCGCCCGACCCCUCUCCGGCUGCCUCCCCACGCCUGCCCCUGCCUGCCCCCGACGCCCUGCCCUGCACGGGCGCCCGACACGGGCCACGCCCCACCCGACCCCAGCCCCGCUUCGGCCCCCUCUCCCGCACGGCAGCCCCCGGCCCCGACUCCGAGUCCGCCCGGACCCGGGGCCCACACACGGACCCGGACGGCGCUCAGUACUCCCAACGAGCGCUGCCUCUCUCUCGUCUGCCAGGCGGGCAUCGCGCCGGGAGAAAAGGCCCCAGACGGCAAGCGGGGCUGCGAGGGCGAGGGCGAGGGCGAGGGGAGCUGGGGGUGGGGGUGCGACUGCGACGGGAGCCGCGCUGGCGGCGGCGGCGGCGGCGGCGGCGGCGGCGGCGAGGCGGCUGGCCGUGCUCCUCCGGGGCCGCCGCGCGUGUCUCGCCCCUUGCGCACCCACACAGCCGCCAGCCGGGCGCCAUGA